CUUCAUGGCCAUGCGCACAACCGGAGGUGCCAGAUUGAUUGGCACCUGAUGUAUAUUGAUGGUACUGGCCACAUGGAGGGUGAAGGUUGUGAACAUGUCUUUUCAUCCUCAAAUGAGCUUGCACAUAGUACUCACCAUGCUAAUUCAUUUCAC